ACCGACAAUUAGAAAACCGUAUAAUUAUCCAAUCCAACCCAAUCGGGAUUCAUCCAUCGACCGCUCCAACGCCAACUCCUCUUUUUUCUUCCCGUAACGUAACCCUUGCUCUUCUCCAUCGAAGGCCUUCCUUUCAGUCAAGAAAUUGGUGAUCUCUCAUCAGACCUAAUGGAGAUCGCACCAAGUGGUGGUUCGACGGAUUUUCCGAGAAAGUUUGAAGAGGAGGAAGAGGAAGACGUGUGUCGGAUCUGUCGGAAUCCGGGGGACGCAGAGAACCCUCUUCAGUACCCCUGCGCUUGCAGUGGAAGCAUCAAGUUUGUUCACCAAGACUGUCUCCUUCAGUGGCUCAAUCACAGCAACGCUCGCCAAUGUGAGGUCUGCAAACAUGCAUUUUCGUUCUCCCCUGUUUAUGCUGAGAAUGCUCCAGCAAGGCUUCCUUUUCAGGAGUUUUUAGUUGGGAUGGCCAUGAAAGCGUGCCAUGUUUUGCAAUUCUUUUUGCGCCUUAGUUUUGUACUUUCUGUUUGGCUCCUCAUCAUACCCUUCAUUACAUUUUGGAUUUGGCAAUUGUCAUUUGUGAGGAGUUUCGGUGAAGCACAAAGACUAUUCUUUACUCAUAGAUCUGGAACAAUUUUGCUUACUGAUUGUCUGCAUGGCUUCCUACUUUCUGCAAGCAUUGUGUUUAUUUUUCUUGGAGCCACUUCGUUGAGGGAUUACUUCAGGCAUUUACGAGAAAUUGGAGCACAGGGUGCUGACAGAGAAGACGAAGCAGACAGAAAUGGUGCUAAUGCUGCAAGAAGACCUCCUGGACAAGCUAACAGGAAUUUUGCUGGGGAAGGAAAUGGAGAAGAUGCUGGUGGAGCAAAUGGAAUAGCUGGAGCCGGCCAAAUAAUUAGAAGGAAUGCAGAAAAUGUUGCUGCACGGUGGGAGAUGCAGGCAGCUCGUCUUGAGGCUCAAGUUGAACAAAUGUUUGAUGGCUUGGACGACGCUGAUGGUGCGGAGGAUGUACCCUUUGAUGAGUUAGUUGGGAUGCAGGGGCCUGUUUUUCAUUUGGUGGAAAAUGCAUUCACUGUUCUUGCAAGCAAUACAAUAUUCCUUGGUGUUGUAAUCUUUGUGCCCUUUUCACUAGGACGGAUUAUACUUCAUUAUGCAUCUUGGGCUUUGUCCUCUGCUACUAGUCCAGUGCUGUCAGCAGCGAUGCCGCUUACAGAGUCAGCCCUUUCAUUGGCAAAUAUCACAUUGAAGAAUGCAUUAACUGCUGUUGCGAAUUCAACAUCUGAUAACCUAGAAAACAGUUUACUUGGACAGGUUGCAGAAACAUUGAAAGAAAAUGCUACAGGACCACAUGAAGUAUUGAACAAUCUUAGCACCUCAUUUUCAGCUGAUUUUAUGGAAGGGGCAUCUGUUGGAACGUCAAGGCUUUCUGAUGUUACAACUCUCGCUGUUGGCUACAUGUUUAUAUUCUCUUUAGUCUUUCUCUACCUUGGAUUUGCUGCAUUGAUUCGGUACACUAAAGGUGAGCCUUUCAAUAUGGGGAGAUUCUAUGGUAUUGCUUCAAUCGCAGAGACAAUACCAUCACUUGUCAGGCAGUUCGUGGCAGCGAUGAGGCAUUUAAUGACUAUGAUUAAGGUUUCUUUCCUUCUGGUCAUUGAACUUGGUGUUUUCCCUCUGAUGUGCGGAUGGUGGCUGGAUAUUUGUACCAUAAGAAUGUUUGGGAAGUCAAUUGCUCAAAGAGUUGAGUUCUUCUCAAUCUCUCCAUUAGCAAGCUUGUUGGUUCAUUGGGUUGUAGGAAUUGUGUAUAUGCUACAAAUAAGUAUCUUUGUCAGCCUUCUUCGAGGGGUUUUACGUAAUGGGGUUCUGUACUUUCUUCGAGAUCCAGCUGAUCCAAACUACAACCCAUUCCGUGAUCUGAUUGAUGAUCCUGUGCACAAACAUGCUCGUAGGGUUCUGUUGUCUGUUGCUGUUUAUGGGAGUUUAAUAGUGAUGCUGGUAUUUUUACCGGUUAAACUUGCCAUACGACUGGCACCCUCCAUUUUUCCACUCGAUAUCUCUGUAUCUGAUCCAUUUACUGAAAUCCCUGCUGACAUGCUUAUCUUUCAAAUCUGUAUUCCAUUUGCUCUUGAGCAUUUUAAGUUGCGCGCAACAAUCAAGUUUGGUCUCCACUAUUGGUUUACCGUUGUUGGCUGGGCACUUAGUUUAACAGAUUUCUUACUUCCUGGACCUGAGGACAGUAGUGGUCAGGAACAUGGAAAUGAGGAGCCAGCAAGGCAUGAUAGAUUACAUGUACAACUGGGUGAGCAAAAUCAGCCCUUGCGAGGAUUUGUCGUCCCUGAUGAUUUGAACGGAGGCAGGGAUGUGUCGGCAAACACCAAUCUUGCAGAAGAGCAUGAUGGUGAUGAACAAUCCAACUUAGACAGGUACGGGUUUGUGCUUCGUAUUGUACUACUGUUGGUGAUAGCUUGGAUGACUCUACUUAUUGUUAACUCUGCUGUCAUAAUUGUACCUGUUUCACUCGGACGAGCUCUUUUCAAUGCCAUCCCUCGUCUCCCAAUAACUCAUGGCAUCAAGUGCAAUGAUUUAUAUGCUUUUGUCAUUGGAAGCUAUGUGAUUUGGAGUGCCGUGGCUGGAGCCAGGUAUUCCAUUGAAUACAUUAAAAGAAGGAGAGCAAAGGUUCUGUUAAGCCAAAUUUGGAAAUGGGGUGGCAUUGUUUUGAAGAGUUCUGCACUGUUGUCAAUAUGGAUUUUUGUCAUCCCGGUGUUAAUUGGACUGCUCUUUGAACUCCUGGUAAUUGUGCCAAUGCGGGUGCCUGUGGAUGAAAGCCCACUUUUCCUAUUGUAUCAGGACUGGGCUUUGGGACUCAUCUUUCUUAAGAUCUGGACUAGAUUGGUUAUGCUGGAUCAUAUUGUGCCUCUGAUCGAUGAUAGUUGGCGAAGAAAGUUUGAGAGAGUGAGAUUACAUGGUUUCUCGAGACUGCAGGGCUUUUGGGUGCUGCGCGAGAUUGUAUUGCCAAUCAUUAUGAAACUGCUUACCGCGUUGUGUGUACCCUAUGUUUUAGCCCGAGGAAUUUUUCCGAUAUUUGGAUACCCAUUGGUAGUAAACUCAGCUGUUUAUCGGUUUGCCUGGUUGGGAUGCCUCGGAUUCAGCCUGUUAUGCUUUUGCGCCAAGAGGUUCCAUGUCUGGUUCACCAACCUCCACAAUUCUAUACGUGAUGACCGCUAUUUGGUGGGUCGUAGGCUGCAUAACUUUGGAGAGGAUUCAGGGGAGAGGCAAAACCAGGCAGGGAAUUCCUCAGAAACUCAAAAUAAUGAUACACAAAGCUUUGAUUUAAUCCAGUAUGACCAUGACGUGGAUGUAGGGUUAAGGCUGAGGCGUGCUAAUCAGCAAGAUGGCUGAUAUGAGACGGGAUCGGAGCUAGUUUGUGCCCCAUUUGGUGUGUUAACAGAGGAUAUAUGCAUUGUUGACAAUAGGUUAACUAACAGUGUACCCUUUUAAGAGGGGCGUUGUUAGGGUUGUGAAUAGUUUGUGAAAUCUUGUCGCAAAGAACGUAGAAACAAGAUGGAAAAUUGUUUUGUUCAUAUGAAAGUAUCUUUUACAAGUGUCUAUUGUUGGAAUUUCCAAAAAAGGUUACUGUUAUCUUUAAGAUGAGGGGCAGUAGGUAAUGGCAUUUGGAUUGUUGUUACAUUAAUCUGUUGCUGCUAUAUACACAUUAGUUCCCUCUACACCCAUUCAAGGUGUGAGUUCAAUUCCCAAUGCAUGUAAGAGAGGAAGGUGGAUGCAAAAGAAAUUUUAAUUGGUGUAUUUAAAAGCA